AUGGUGCUACCAAGAUCCCCCGUCCCCCGGGGCUGCAUUCGCUCGUUUGCAUUGAGAAAAGCCGGAACCCAAGCUCGAGCAAGUCUACGUGGUGUCUCUCGUCGAACCUAUGCCAGCGGACAUGGCCCACAACAAAAGAGCAGCGACCUGCCCUGGCUGAUCGGCUCUGUCGUUGUCACCGUUCCCGCGGCUGCUUGGCUCUGGCAGCAAGGACCCGAACCUUCCGAUGAUCAUCACGGCCACGAAAGUCACGAUACGCAUAAGAAGGAUGAGCCUGAGAAAGCUCCUAAAGAAGAGCCAAAAGAGGAACCUCCUGAAGAACCCAAGGAAGAGUCUGAGACUACACAGGAGGCAGUGGAGGAAAAGGAAGACGAGAAAGAGUCUAAGGACAACAGCAAAGAAGAGGCCUCUGACGAAGGUGCCAACAAAGAAGGAACCGAAACAAGCGAGAAAGAGUAG